CGCUAAAACAACUAGAGUAAUUUGCCCAACAACAACAUCAUCCACAUCAACAUGAACAAAUUCAUUUCCUUCGCUUUUGUAGUUUGCACCUUGGCAGCUUCAGUCCACUGCAGCAGUUAUGGUAGUUAUGGUGGCUCUGCCCCCGCCAGUGCUUAUAAUGCCAACUCUUAUGUAUUAGGACCUGGCCCAGUGGUUUAUGCUCCUCCUGCCGCCUAUCCAGCUGCUUCUGCUUACCCUGCACCUCCAGCUCCUUCAUAUCCUGCAGCCAAACCCAAAUACACCAUACAACCAGCUUACUCUCAUGAGUUGUAUCCCGGUCAAAAUAACUACAAAAGUUAUCACUCAGCCCCUGUUUACAGCCAAGUGGCUUUGCCCAUUGUACCCUCCUCUCCCGUAGCUAAAUUGUACGUGCCUGCCCAACAAUCGUAUGCUUCAGCGCCCAGUUACGGUGGUAGUGGUUAUUAA